UGCUUCUCAUUGUCUGCAUUUGCCCCCCUCCUUUGACAUUCAUCCCUUGUGCUUUCAUUCACUCCUCCUCCUUCAUAACUAAACACCCAAAAUCCCAUUCAUUAGUUUUCUUUUUCCAUAGCCAAAUUAAACAUCUUUAUAUCCACAAUUUCUUCAGAUAUGUUCUGUAAUAUUCAAGUAGAUGUCAAUGGUGAACACUUAUUUAUUGUUGAUAAGGAUAUUCUAGCAAAUUAUUCAAGUCGAGUAAGCAAAUUAGUCGGGAAAGUCACCAACAACGCGAAGCUCGUAUUCAAUGACUUCCCAGGAGCAGCGGAGUGUUUUGAGCUCAUUACAAGAUUCUGCUACAACAAUGGCACCAUUGAAGUAACCCCAUCCAACAUAUACUUGCUUCAUAGUGGUAGUUCUUUCUUGGAGAUCACUACCUUGAUAAAGCAAACCGAGUUGUACCUUGAAAGCAUUCAUUGUUGGACAUGGUCCGAUUUCGUAAACGGUUUAAAACAAUGCCACAUUUUAUACCCUUUCAUGAAAAAUUCCUCAGUUUUUCAAAAUAUUUUGAAUACCCUUUUAAGAAAUUUAACCAUUUCUAGCUAUGAAUCUAGUUCAUGCCCUUCCUCGUCAAACGGCUCUAGUUUUCGGUUUUCAACUAGUGAUAGUAGCCCAAAAGGUUCAAGAUUCGGUACCGGUGUAGAUUAUUGGAAGUUUGAUGAUCUUUCUUUUUUGAACAUAGAUUUAUUUGAAUAUCUAAUAAAGUCCAUGAUCUCUUUACACAUUGACCACACUAGAAUAUGCUCAUUGAUCUUUCAUUACCAAAAAUCAAAGUUCUUCUCAAGUUAUUCACCUGUCCAGAAGUGUAAAGUCUCGGAAACUAACAUAAAUCUAUUGAGUUUGCUCAGUGGUAGCGCGUUUUCAUGUAGAGCAUUACUCGACGCCUUUGGAAUGAGCUUGAUUUUGAAUAUGAGAGCAAUUGAAAGGUCAAAAUUGGAGCAUUUUCUUGGAUCGCGAUUAGAUGAGUUUACGAUCAACGAUUUGCUUGUUCGUGGCAAGAAUAUGGCGGCGUUUGAUGUGAAUUUGAUUCUUCGGUUGAUUAAAAACUUUCUACUUGAAAAAAGAACUAAUGGGUCGUUUGUGCAUCGAGUGAAGAAAGUCGGGUUCUUGAUGGAUUUGUUCAUGUUAGAGGUGGCUGCUGAUCCUUUCUUGAAAUGCUCUAAGUUUUAUGCUUUAGCCAUGACCUUGCCUGAUUUUGCUAGAGAAUCCCAUGAUAGACUCUCCCAUGCAAUCGAAAUUUACCUUGAGGUGCAUGGGGAUUUAACCAAAGAGCAAAGUGCGAAGCUUUGGAGUGUUCUUGACCUCAACAAGUUAUCAAUGGUCCGGACGAGACUAAACCUUACCCGAAACGGCAACACGAGGCUUUUACCAUUUGUUAAGCAAAACGGGUUCAAGGGGCGCAUCAAUAGGGUUCACGGUAAACAACGUUCGAAAGUCCCACAGGAUACACCAAAGUUCAUGCCAAAAAAUUCAAGAACGUUAGACCCAUGUAAUGCUAAAUCCUUGCCACGACUAUGUCGUUAGUAGAGGUUUUGUUCACAUAACAUUUUUGCUUAAUGAUGUUUGUAAAUCAAAAUAAAAUUAGUAGAGGUUUUGUAAAUGGUACGGAGCGCCUUAGUAAAAGUUGAUUUUGGUUUUUUUUUU